AUGUUAGACUGUGACAAGAAAUGCCUUGAUAUUCUCCGUAAAACUCGAAGAAAUCCGCCCCCCAGUACUAAAGUGGAAAUACACACUGGUUAUUGUAAGGCAAAAUAUGUUUGCCGAAAAGGAACUGAUAUAAGAGCUUGCAGGAAUGGGCAGUGGAUUGGAAGCAAAGCACUCAAUUGUCCAGGUGAAGUUCGGCGGGUUGACUCACUUCGGUUUGGAUAAAUUACAAUCAUUCGAUCGGACAGAAUGAGUUAUUACAAAUCAAAAUCCCUGAGCCACGUCACCAUUCGAUGUUCAUAGGUUGAAUCAUAAAUUGGACUUUGUUAUAUCGAUACGAAAAUAUCCAUUCCUAAGCAAGAUCAAACGCAUUUCACUAUAAUCCAUGAUUAUUACUAGUUUGUGAUUGAAAGCUUAAGAAACUGCAUGCUCACAUAUUUUAUCUUAUAAAUAAUUUCUAACAUUCUUUUAUCAGCAUAUUGCGGCAAACCCGCGGACAUUCCACACGCCACAUUCUCUGGUUCCCGUUUCGGCGUCAACAAUAAAUUAAAGUACCGAUGUGAUCAAGGCUACGUACUCGAUGGACCAAAAAGAAGGAAAUGCGAAAAAAGCGGACAGUGGUCUCAGGCUCCUACAUGUUCACCACGUAAGCUGAAUUUGAUAAUCUUUACACAAGUGUAAAGACGACAGCAAUUUUCAGUUGAGUGUCGAAAGCAAUCAGGGAUUACUUUGGUUUUGCUUUAUUUCUUCAGGUGAUUGGUCCAAAAGACUCUCAUCACUUCCUCGACCAAUCAGAUUCAAAACUAAAACCAUUCGCGACUUGGACACCCGCGUUUUCUCGCGCUUCAGGCAGUUUGCUUGUUUUCACUUCGAGUUCUCCUGGUGAUAUCGUGCUUACUAUGACUGGCUGUUGUGAUUGCAUUGGUUUUGGUUUUCCGACACUAAUUCGAACACUGCACUUACACCAAUUAAUUCAUAUUGAACACAAUGCUUACAUUUUACGUCACUGUUCACUUAAAAUUGUCUGAGUGAAAAUGCAACAACACCGACAAUUAGCUUUAUUUGCAAAAUCAAAGGAAAGGAAUGCACAACUAUAUACUUCCCUGCAAUUGUUUAAUUCCCUUGUUUGGGCCAUAAGAAAAUAUUUCUAGUAAAAUUAGGAACAAACAAGUAAAUCACCCCGAUUAGUCCCAACAAAGCCCUAUAAAAAUGUCAGACUGAAAAUAUGCAUUGGAAGACAGUGGAGUCAACAAACAUGAUAGAAAUAAUUAUGAUUGGAGUAACCGAUCUGAAGAUGCCAAAAUUGAAUGGGCAAGAAGAGUACCUUACGAUCCGACAAAAAAAAUUUAAUUCAACGACAAUGCAUUCACCCUCAGGACGUGCUUUUCUUGUCUCUGGACGGUCGUGAGCAUCGGCAACAGCCAUAAUGAAUUGGCAGAGAGAAGUCUAGGGCUCAGAAUGUUUCAUAGUAUUCCAAAGUUUAUCUUUGUUCCAGCUUCUUCGCGUUUUAUGGGGUUAAAAAAAUAUACUUGUGUUCUCUUUGGUAGGAUCAUGUGGAAAACCUGAGGACAUUCCUAAUGCUAUCGUAAGCGGCUCAAGUUAUAACUACAUGGAUAUUUUGAAUUACACUUGUUCAAAAGGUUAUCAACUUGAUGGGCCGGAAACGAGAACGUGUCUUCAUGAUGGGAAAUGGUCCAGUAGUCCGACCUGUACACGUAAGUUAGCUAAGGAAUUACAUAAGCAUAACAACUGUUGCAACCGCAAAAUUACCAAGGGAGGUGCUAUCGCACUGUUUUCAAUUUGAACGGAAUGGGAGGAUAUUUCGCAAGCAUUUUUUGUUACCAAGGCGAAAGAGUACAACAGCCCGACCCCCGCCAUUUAAAGGCCAAGGAUGCUUUUACUGAAUAUUCAAAGGAAAUUAAGAACUUUUUAAUCGUACCAUAGGAACAUUUUUGGAGUGAUUUUAUAUAGUAUUUUGCUUUUUAAUACCAUAUAAUAAUACCUUUUGUAAUGUAAACAUAAUGAUUAUGAUUAACUUACAGGACCCCCAUUGAUACCAGUGUCAUUACACUGACAGGGUUAUCUUGUAUAAAUAUAAAUAUAUAUACAUAUAUAUAUAAUUUUUUUUGUUUUUUUGUUUUUUUUGUUUUUUUGUUUUGUUUUGUUUUUUUUGUCUAUAUGACUCUAUACUUCAUUAUGCAUACAGUUCUUUAUAAAGGAAAACAAUAGCAAAACAACUGAUUGGAUUUGGGAACACAGCUCUGUUUAAGAAUAGUAUUUGAUUACAUGAUUGUGUAUGGAGAGCUUUCCAAAUCGCUCUCAUAACUUCGUAAUAGAUCUCGCUCACCGUGGAGUCUCUGUGGCUUAGUGGUUAGAGCAUCGGAGCGCGGAACCCGAAGGUCUGAGGUUCGAUUCCUCAUGGGGACUCCAAAAUUUUUCUUUGUUCCACGCUCGUGACAAGACGGAAAACAUUCUUCCGCUUUCUAACUGUAUUUCAUUUGUGUUUACAGAAAUCCGUUGUAGGAAGCCACGGCGUCUUGUUAUGCGAAAUGGAAAUGUCACUACCUCUGACCCUGAAUACCUGUAUGGAGCAACCCUUGCGUUUGAGUGUAAUGAAGGGUAUGAGUUACGAGGCAGUGACUCUAUGACUUGCCUAAGAUUUGGUUGGAGUCCCAGGAGACCACCAUACUGCGCUAGUAAGCACGUUUUGAUGACUGAAAUAAUGUUAAAACUUACCUAUGUGGUAGAAAGAGACAGGAAUAGCCUAUUAGUCUAAGGGCUCGCCCUCACUGCUUUGGUCUGGGUUGAUUUUCACAUCUGGAGUAACAUUUGGGUAACAUUCUGUUUGGCACUGUUUCUUUUCCUCGAAAGUGACAUCUUCUCCAGGUUUAUUCACCAUUGAUAUCAAACACAGUAUGCAAUAUUUGAGGAACACAGUCUGUUGCCUAGCAGAGUAAGACCCUAUUGCUAGAGAUCAAUUAACUUAACUGCAAAGGGUAGUGUGGGUGCGACAGCCUAUACACUGAAACAGUUAAGACUUACUGAUCAGGGGUGUGUUUUCUAUGGUAAUUAUUAAUUGUUUUCAAGGUUGAUCAUUGUAUUAUUAUCCUUCAUUCCCAAAUACCCCAAUCGGAUAAAACAACAGGCUUUGGAAAACGAGAAUCCACGUGAAUGUGCAACUGAUAACAUUCCAUGGUGUUAUCAAUUUUUGAAAUUAUAAUUAUUGAUAUUAUUUUCUUAACCAUAACCAAUGCUUCUUUGUAGUAAAAUCUUGUCCAGAUCCUGGGAGACCAGAGAAUGGUGAUCGUUAUUAUCAAGAUCGAUAUUUUAGAGUUGGUAGUACAGUGCGGUUUUCCUGCCAGUCUGGUUUCCAAUUGUCUGGCUCAAAGGAAAGGACUUGCAUGGAGAAUAAAGAGUGGAAUGGAACUUUGACCACAUGUCAGGAUGGAAGUAAGUGAGAAAUUUCUCAGGCUUCUCUCAAAUGUAAUAGAGAGGGGCAAUGGCUAUUUGCUCUUUAUUUAUUUAUUUAUUAAUUUUUUACUUCCUGUAUUAUCUUGGCUCUGAGUGAAGACUAUAGUGUGCGUGUUGUUUUUCAUUCACCUGGCAUAAAGUCAUGUUGGGACAGGAUAAGAUGAAAACUUUCUUAAAUGAGAUGGUCAGUUCAGUAGUCAGCUAGUUCCUCAGUCAGUCCUUGAGACAGUCAGUCAGUCAGUUAGUAUAAUGAUUAAGUCAGUCUUUCAGUCAGUCAGUAUGUGAGUCAGUCAAGUUUUCAGUCAGUCAGUCAGUCUAUGAGUCUGUCAGAGCAUGAGCCAGUAACUGAUUCAGUCAGUGAGUGCAUCCAUUGGUCAGUCAACCUGUUAGACUAAAGGAUCCUUUCUUCUUACAUCUCUCUUAAGUAAUGACUCUCCUAUAAAGUUCAGUUAGUCAGUCAGUCUGUGAGUUAGUCUGUCAGUCGGUGAGUUGGUCUGUCAGUUAUGCAUAUAUGAGUCAGUCUGUCUGUCAGUCAGCUUGAGAGUCAGUCAGUCAGUCAGUCAACUAAGGGGUCUUUCUCUCAUAUUUCUUUUUGAUAAUGAUUUUUCCAUUCGUUCAGUCAGUCAGUCAGUCGGUCAUGCGGUCCAUCAGUCAGUGUAGGUCCUGAGGUGGUAUAACAACAAGUGAAUUGUCGACUGAAAACGUUUCUUUUUCAAUUCUCUUUCAGAUACCAAGUGUCCCAUUUUGGGUACCCCAAUAAGUGGACGUAAAUAUGGCAGCAGAUACAACAAAGGAGACAUUGUGUCAUUCGAAUGUAAACGGGGGUUUGUUCUUAAGGGUUCUGCAGUGAGAAAAUGCUUAGAUAGCGGAGCUUGGAAUGGCACCGACGCAAUUUGUCGAGGUAAGGCUGCACAGUAGUUGCACAGUAGUUGCAUUGCUGUAUCGAAGCCUCAGUAUAUUACAAACAAAAACAUUUCAAAGUAUCACGUGCUAUGGACUCUGAUGAAGAGCGGUUUCCUCAGUUUUCCUUCUAUCCAUUUGUUUUUACAGACGAGUUCGAAGAUCGUUUUAAAGGUGUUAACGUCACUGCCUACAAUCUUCGCAAAAACCUGCUUGAUCCUUUAUCAGAGUACACAUGUAACAGUGAUAACAGCACUGGAUGCAACAGGACAAGUAUUCGUGGCAUGGAUUUCAGAGGCAGAGCCAUUAAUUUGAACUCAAGGGGUGGCUUAGAUCUCGUGUUCGUCAUCGAUGCAUCUAGCAGUGUGAGAAAGCUGACUGAUUUCAAAAAUGGUUUGGAGUUUGCAAAAGAGCUGGUUAGAACCAUCGGGACCAGCAAAAGGUACGAUUAAUUUUUAAGAGACAGAGUUCUUUUACAUUUGUUCAACAUGUUAAUAAUUUAAAGGAUAAGUAUAUCGCUAAUUGAGGCGCUCAACACAUGGAGAGCGUCGCUUACACACCAAAUCAUAUUUCUUGUUUUAUUACGUCCAUACCGCAAGUAAAUGGCUCGUGACUUAAGAACUUAUGAGAGCAAACUCGAGGAAACUGUUCGUUGUCAAGUUUUGUUAUAGUUACUAAGAUAGCUUAUAAUGGUUUCUAAGUAGCCCAAUAGUAAUAAUCACGACCAUUGUCAUCAGCAGCGUUAAGAUCAAGACAUUUAUCUUACCUUCAGAUUUUUAACUUCUUAGAAAAGAUGGAACGCGAGUAGCAGCUGUGACCUUUGGGACGGAUGUGAAAGUUGAAUUUAACUUAGGAGAUGCUAAAGUCGACACAAUGGAUAAAGCAAUCAAAGCCAUCGAUGAGAUAAUCUACAUCGGGGGGGCUACAGCGUCGGCACUUGCGUUACAAGAGGUCAGAGAUGUCGUGGUGCCGUUAGCUCGUCCAGACAGUCACCGCGUAUUGAUGUUCAUCACAGACGGAAUGUCUAACAUAGGGGGUCCACCUAAAAAGUUAGCGAAGUACCUUCGUGAACAAGAAAACUUUGAAAUCUAUGCAAUAGGUAAAGUAGCUUGGCAGUGAUUUAAAACAGGGUUACUUGAAGAUUUUGAGAACGUUAAGUGUAUAAAAUUUCUUAACGGACACUCUUGGGAAGAUGUUUUACUCGAUUCUUAUUUUGACAUUAACGUAAGCGCUCAUUCCCUGCAAUGGGACGCAAACACUUUGGAAGAGUGCAGUUUCCACUUCUGUAUAUCAUGUCUGUGGUCUUGUUUUAAUUUGCAUAUAACUCUUAUCAAUGAGUUUUCCAUUUUACCUUCAGAUUUGUAGUGAACGUUGUUCGCUAGUUUGACGUUUCCAGCUAUUAUCACCUCUUGUCCCACGCAAUUACACAGUACUACAGUCGCUACUUCCUGUUGCGAUGACCAUUUUUGUAAGGGGUCCUCAUUUCUGAAGUUGAGCUACAGUCUAAAAGGGGGGAAUCAUCGCUGAGCAAGGCAUGGAGCGCUAUCCCCAAACGACGCCGAGCAUUUUAAAAUAUGGUUUUUUCUUUCAUAACGAUUAGUUUUUCAAGAAUUGUUUUAAACUUCAUCACUAAUUUACAUCUACGCACUAUCACUUAACAUCUUGCCCCUUUAGGAGUCGGUAAGAAAGUUCGUAUUCGUGAACUGAUGGAUAUAGCCUCACCUGAAGCGGGCGAUAAUCAUGUGAUCCAUGUCAAAGACUACGACAAUCUUCAGAAAGCCAUCAAGAGAGCGACUUACGUCAAGAUCGGUAUGUCGUAAAUUGAUAAUAUCAGCUUAAAUUUCAUUGCUUAUGAUUUCUCUUAUAUUUUGAAGUCGAUUAUGAAUCGAGAUUCUUUAUUCGGAAUGGUUUCGUUCCAAGGGAGACGUCCUAGAAUAGUUGAGUGUUUAGUAGCAGCUGGAUCGAUCGGCCUUGUCCACAAAGUAUCACCAUAAAAUACAGAAAAGACACGAAAAGAAAAGAGCCAAUAAAAGUGCAUUGCAAUAAACCGGUCUUCUUUGAAGUGAACAUGACUUUUUGUGUGUUUCUUGUUCACAGAUUAUACAACCUGUGGUGUAAGUCCUGUUGAUCUGAGGGCGAGAAUGGUCGGUGGCAAGAAUUCGAGAAGAGGCUGGUGGCCCUGGCAGAUUGGACUACGUAAGAUUAACCCAAAAGGUAAUUUGAAAGGAAAAUUUGCGUUGUCUGGCUCAUUCAUUGAAUGCUGUAUGUACAAGGAAAGCAUUAGUAACAUUUCCUUUCCAUCAUGCGGCAAAUCGUUCUAAGUAGCCUAUGACUGUCUGUGGCCUUUCCGUACAUCUAGGUAGUUCGGAAAGCCGCAGAACUCAAGAACAAAAAUUCAUCUUUCAAAUCUCACUCUUAAUCUUAUAUUAUAUCAACUAACGAUUCUCAUUCUAUUGAUUCAUUUGUUUGUUCAUUUGUCUGCCUGUUUUUGUACGUUAUUAUGUUCUCAGAAAUACAGAGUGGCUCCAUUUUUCUGUAUGUGAUCCCUACACAACCCUCCAUUCCUUUGUUCGUUCAGACGAGGGGCCAAGCUCGAAAAGUUACUUAAAAUGCACUUGUCAAAAGCUGGUUUUUUUUUCGGGCAUAAUUUUCUACGAGAAGUUAUUUCUUAAAAAGAAAGUAUCGGUUGAGAUUAAUAAUUAUUGUUUUUUAUCUUUUUCCUUUUUCCUUUUUCCUUUUUUAAGCGGAACUUGUGCUUAUCUGUGGUGGCGCACUGAUUUCUCGUCGCUGGGUUCUGACGGCUGCACAUUGUUUUUACCACAGAGGUCUUCAUGGGGCUCGUGUUCUCGACGAUUUGUCCAAUAAGUAAGCACUGAGUCCAAUAAUUCUUUUUACGUUUGAAGUUUAAAGAAUCUUUUUAUAUCUAUAGAUAUCUUUUUUCAGUGUUGUAUCUGAAAGUUCACAUUUCAAGGUGGAGAAAAUUCUGCACAUAAAAAGGUUUCGAAUUUCUGAUAUCAUUCAUAGGGGGAACUCUUCAAAAACUCCCAAAACCAGUCUUUCCCUAGUGAGUGAAGCAAACUUGGCUUAUUUUCUCUACAACUGCUGCUCUUUAUCUCGCAGGUACCAAGUGACAGUGGGUGACCACCACUUGCAGAGGGUUGAAAAAUCUCAAAGUGAAGUGGCAGUGAAGAAGAUUUUUGUUCAUCAAGAUUAUGUUGAUAACAAAAUCACAAAUGACAUUGCUCUGGUCAAACUCGACGAGGAAGUGAAACUUGGCCCCUUUGUACGGACAUUGUGUAUUCCAGAAAAGGAUGAAGGUGAUUUGGCAAUCCCUAAAAAGUACGGUAUAGCAACAGGAUGGGGUGUAACACAAGCCUUGGAAUUCGGAGAACAACCCGAUGACAAGAAACGCUACUCAGACCGUCUUCAAUACUCAGCCUUCACAAUUCAAAGCGACCAACUGUGCGUUAACAAAUCAGCGGGAUUUUUUGUUAACUCCACAGUGACGUUUUGUGCCGGGGAUGGAAAGGGAGGAAAUGAUACUUGCCAAGGUGACAGUGGAGGAGCUUUCGUCCGCGAGGCAAAAAGAGGAGACGACUUCCUUUGGGUGGCUACUGGGCUGAUCAGCUGGGGAGAGGGCUGCGCACAAAAGGAUAAGUAUGGAUACUAUACCAGGGUGUACUCAUUUAUUGAUUGGAUAAAGAAAACUAUGGAAGACAACUCAUAGGAAAAUGACUGAACUUCUUCAAUACAUGUUCGAGUAUCUUUUUACUGAUUAGUAGUGCCAAGAGUGUCUGUUCUCCUGCGAAAAUCGUUGCUUUACUAUUCUCAAAGUUACUUUGAUGUCUGAUUGGGGUUUUUGCCUAGAAAGGCCGUGCUUUUGUAGAUUAAUGUGCAGAUUGAUAGUUUGGC